AUUAAAAGAAUCAUAUAUCUACGAAUAAUAUUAUAAGAAUUGAGUUUUGUAUGUAUUAAUAAUUGUUUCACAGUACAACAUCUGAUUAACAAUGCGGCUUGGAUUGGCUCUAUUAGCAGCCAGCCAUAUAAAUAAAAUACCAUACAGAUUCAGAGGGAAAUAUCGUAUAGUAAAAAAACCGUCUAUGCAUGAUUUACUUAAGAUGAAGAAAGAUUUCGAGAGAGAAGAGCAAAACAUGUUGAUUCUGCGGCACCCCUAUCUCACAGUUGAACAAAGUCAAGGUCACAUGAAGGACAUGUAUCCCAAAACCAGAAAGCAAAACUUUCUCGAGAAGGUAAGGGCAGAAAAUCGUCAGAAGUUCCAGAAAGAAAUUACUAUCGCCGAACGUCUGUGCCACAUGAGAGUUACAGAAGCGUGGGAUUGAAAUCUUUCUACAGAUAUAUUGCCGAGUAUAUUACAGGAAGAGUAAAAGUAUAGAGUAGAGAAAAGAUAGCGUAGUGAAAUAUGUUACAUAAGUUUAUCUAUUAAGAUUGUCAUACAUUGCAAAUUACAAAGUAAAAAUUAAAACUAAUACUG